CCCCCGCGGUCUCCGGAACGACUGAACCUGCAGCCGGCUUCUCUUCAGCCUCAGCCUGCGCGCCGCCAUCGCCGUCAUGCUCGGCCCCGGUCUCCGCCGCUGCGCCGUAGCAGCAGCUGCAGUCGCCCGGGCCAGCCCUCGAGGUCUCCUGCACCCCGCCCCGGGCCCCGGCCCCGCUGCGGCUAUCCAGUCAGUUCGCUGCUACUCCCACGGGUCACAUGAGACAGAUGAGGAAUUUGAUGCUCGCUGGGUGACAUACUUCAACAAGCCAGAUAUUGAUGCCUGGGAAUUGCGUAAAGGGAUGAACACACUUGUUGGCUAUGAUCUGGUUCCAGAACCCAAAAUCAUUGAUGCUGCUUUGCGGGCAUGCAGACGGUUAAAUGAUUUUGCUAGUGCUGUUCGCAUCCUAGAGGUUGUUAAGGACAAAGCAGGACCUCAUAAGGAAAUCUACCCUUAUGUCAUCCAGGAACUUAGACCAACUUUAAAUGAACUGGGAAUCUCCACUCCAGAGGAACUGGGCCUUGACAAAGUAUAAACUCCAUCGAUAGGCUUCCCAAGGAUUUACUGAUAAUGCUACUUGAGUGUAAACAAUCACCUGGAAAUACUGAUGAUAACAUAUUACCUUAUUUGAACAAGUUUUCCUUUAUUGAGUACCAAACCAUGUAAUGGUAACUUGAACUUUAAUAAAAGGAAAUGAGUUUGAACUUAAA